AUGCUUGGAGAGGGCGCCUUCGGGAAGGUGUUCCUAGCUUCCCAUUCCACCAGCAAACAGCGUCUGGCAGUGAAAGUAAUAGAAAAGAGGAAAGCAUUGAACAGCAUUAAGAAAUACUCCAUCGUUCCACACCCCGGCCAUAUAUUCUUUGUAAUGGAGUACCUGAGUGGGGGAGACCUCUUCCAAUUAAUACAGAGAAGAGCCCCAUUUGAUGUCCCUACUAUCAGGUUUUUUGCAGCAGAAAUACUCUGUGGGCUGCAGUUCCUUCACACAAGAGGCAUUGUCCACAGGGACAUUAAGACAGACAAUAUACUUCUGGAUGCAGCUGGCCAUGUGAAAAUUGCAGAUUUUGGCCUCUCUGCCAUGAAUGUCCAUGGUGAUAAGAAAAUCUCAGGACAAACUGGGACUCUGUAUUACAUGGCCCCAGAGAUUACCUGUAACCUCCCAUAUAACACCACGGUAGACCUCUUUUCAUUCGGGGUAGUAUUAUUUGAAAUGGCUACCGGAGUAUACCCCUUUCAUGCUGGCGAUGAUUCUGACGAGGUUAUGGAGUCUAUCAGGCAAGAUGCUCCACGCUAUCCGAGCAAUCUCCAUCCAGAGCUUAGGGACAUCCUUGAAAGACUCUUAUGCAAAGACCCAGAGGAAAGGCAGAAACUCUGUAGUAACAUCAAAUGUCAUCCAUUCUUCAAGUCCAUAAACUGGAAGCAACUAGAGACCGGCAGGAUAACUCCCCCAUUUACCAUGUAUCCUACCCCAGAGACAAUGGCUGAAGCUAUACCGGUGGAUGACCUUCUCUCACCUACAGAAUCUGCAAUAUCUGCAGAGGAUGAGAGCCUGUUCACAGGAUUCUCCUUUACCAGUGACACAUGGACAACAAUGAACUGCGUAAAGCAAACUACCAGCCGCUGCAUCAUCCUCUAGGCAGUAGCACCACCAGCUGCCUCCUCCUCCCGGCACAACCACCACCAG